AUGCGCACUCUCAACAGCGUCACGGCCGUCCUGGCCACACUCUGCACGAAGACAGUGCUUGGAAUUCCAGGCAACCAUUCCUUGCUCGCCCGAGAUCAGGGGUGGGUUAUACAAGUGUUCGGAAACCUGGAUUGCUCUGACGGUGGUGUCAUCCUCGAGGGGGCCAACCCUAGCCUCGACCCCGCGGACAUCAGCUAUGCCGACUGGGGCAUUGAGUGGGUCGGCGGCAUCAAAAUCUUGCAAAUCUCCACCAACGGUGACUCGGUCUACCUCGAUGACGAGCGGUUCAUCUACCUGGGCCUGUGCGGGUGCUCGGACUCGCAGAUCACAGAAUUUGUUCACUGCGGCGACCAAGACACAAAUGCCUGUUAUACCGUGGGGGACACUAUCGGCCAGAUCGGAAUCGGGGAAACUGCCUGUGACGCGGUUGGGCUUGAUAAUAUCUAUCGCAGGGACAAAGCGUGA